CCGCAGAGACGCCCCGCCCCCGCGCGGCGCUGCGGAACCGGAGCUCCGGGCGGCGUCGGCAGAGGCGCGGGAGGUGGCGAGGCCAGGGCAGGGCGGCAGGAGCCCGCGCGGCGACCGCAGCGAGAGCAGCAGAGACAGAGCAGACCACGACGAAGGCGCACAGGCAGCCGGGCCGGGCCGGGCCACCGGGAGAGCGGCCGCCGGGAAGCGGGCGGAAGGCCGGGCUGGCAGCUGGCAGCCGCCGAGCCGCGAAGCGACAUGGUGCUGCUCAAGGAGUAUCGAGUCAUCCUGCCUGUGUCUGUAGAUGAGUAUCAAGUGGGGCAGCUGUAUUCUGUGGCUGAAGCCAGUAAAAAUGAAACUGGUGGUGGGGAAGGUGUGGAGGUCCUGGUGAACGAGCCGUAUGAGAAGGAUGACGGCGAGAAAGGCCAGUACACACACAAGAUCUACCACUUACAGAGCAAAGUACCCACAUUUGUUCGAAUGCUGGCCCCAGAAGGAGCCCUGAAUAUACAUGAGAAAGCCUGGAAUGCCUACCCUUACUGCAGAACCGUUAUUACAAAUGAGUACAUGAAAGAAGACUUUCUGAUUAAAAUUGAAACCUGGCACAAGCCGGAUCUUGGCACCCAGGAGAAUGUGCAUAAACUGGAGCCUGAGACAUGGAAACAUGUGGAAGCUAUAUAUAUAGACAUUGCUGAUCGAAGCCAAGUACUUAGCAAGGACUACAAGGCCGAAGAAGACCCAGCAAAAUUUAAAUCUGUCAAAACAGGACGGGGACCUUUGGGCCCAAAUUGGAAGCAAGAACUUGUAAAUCAGAAAGACUGCCCAUAUAUGUGUGCGUACAAACUGGUCACCGUCAAGUUCAAGUGGUGGGGCUUGCAGAACAAAGUGGAGAACUUCAUACACAAGCAAGAGAAGCGUCUGUUUACAAACUUUCACAGGCAGCUGUUCUGUUGGCUCGAUAAAUGGGUUGAUCUGACUAUGGAUGACAUUCGGAGGAUGGAGGAAGAGACGAAGAGACAGCUGGAUGAGAUGAGACAAAAGGACCCAGUGAAAGGAAUGACAGCCGAUGACUAAUGCUACCCACCCCUUCUGCACUUUUUGCAAGACAGUGGUCAACAGGAAGGCCCAGCAGCUCCACCCUCCUGAGUGGCAGGCCGUCUUUGGAUGCAGCCUUUCUGUGCUCAUUCUUCAGGCAACUUUCAACCCCUUACUGUAGCUAUUUCUAGAUGCCCUUUAACAUUGUGAACAAAUAGACCGUCUGGUAUUACAAAGCCUGUGUGUGCGGGAGCCUGAUCCUCUAAGAUAUAUGGCGUACGCUGCUGUAUUUACAGCUCAUCCCUCUCUCCAUUGUGUCCUGACCCAUUUCUGUGUGCCCUCCCCCCUUUAUUUCCAAGUGACAUUUUUAGUCUUAAAUUAGCUGCCUUUUGUGAUAUGAUUAUUUAAGCUCACUUAUUUCAGCCUUGGGAUAAACUGAGCUGUUUUGCUUCCUGGGCAGAUCUUUGGCAAUGUUGAGUAUUCACUUGGGGAGAGAGGAGGAGUUAAAAAUACAGAUACCCGGCCCCCGUUCCACACAGUAAGAAUGUGGCUUCAUAACCCUGACCUCUGCUCCUAGUAAUCUCUCGUUCGAGUGCUCUAAGCACCAAGAAGGUACCCAAGGCCCAGCCAAUCUAAGGAAAUUUAGCAAAUAAUAAAUAACCCCCUCGAGUCAUUGCAUCUCUGGUUAAUAUUCUUAGAAAUCUCGGCUUCUCAGCCCUCCUGUGUUGCCCACUCUAUCGGAAUCUCUUUGCAGAGCCUACAAGAAAUCCAUCACUCCCCGCCUGGAGAAUUGUCCAGUAUGGCCUGUAGACUCCAGUCAGACCCGAGGAGCCCUGUCCGUCCAUGCUCCUCUUCCCUUUUGGGCUGGUGCUGCCACUCAGCAAUAAUCCUGUCUGUGCUUUCUUAGGUCCCUGUCCUCUUUGAGGCUGGUAGGAUGCAAGAGUCCUGGUCUUUUCAUGCUGCACAAAACAAGCAUGCAAAAAGCUUUUUUUCCCCUAGCAAAACACGUCCCUUCCUGUUUCUAGUCACUGGAGAGGAGUUUGCAGAUCGAGAACUCAGGCAUCCUGCCCCAUGCUGAGUUCUGUGCUGGACAAUCAAAAGCAAUCAGUGACUGUAGCCUAGAACUCUUAUCACAGUGGGCUGGUGAAGCCCAGGCUCUGGGGGAGUAGAAGCUACUGAACGCCUGCCUCCUAGUUUUUCUAGAUGGGCAGAACUAAGUAUGCCUUCCUGGUGGGAGAGUGUGAUAUGGUUGUGUCACUGGACAUUUCCCAAGCCUUGUUGAGUCAGUCAGCCCAAUGUGUAGUGAUCCAAGCCCACACUAGCCUGGGUAUCCGUUAGAGAGAGACUGAGUCUAUUAGGGAGGAAGAAGGACGGAUUAAUGGAUCUCAUUUUUGUCAGUUUGCUUGCCUUACUCGUUUCUAAGUGCAAUAAGGGAGUGUCUCACAGGACUGCACCUGUGACAUGCAGAUUGGAUGCUUCCCUGUGGUUCUCCUGGAGCAAGGGUGGACAGAUUCAGGCCCCUCAGAUGGUUAGCUCUGACCUUCAUUGAGGUCCUUUUGAGACCAGGCGAUGUCCCUGUUACAGAAACCUCCUCUGUAUUAGUCUCCUCACCUUGUGGAGUCUUUAGGAACAUUCUUGGGGCAUCUGGGUUGAUGAUUAGCAUCUCAACUGCUAGUAGUAUGGGAAAGUUGGAGAAGAGGCAUUCCUAAUGGAGAAGAACAUAAAUGUUCUCCUACAAGCUCUGUAUUACCUGUCAGUCAUAUUUGUGCUUAAAGAUUCUCCUUCUUCAUAAACUAGGUUGCAGUCCAGAUGUGAGUUAUCUGGAGGGAACUGCGACUCUAAGCAGGCAGUUGUUAUGUGCGUGAGCUCAGGAGAUAUUUGUCUCCUUCAGCACUUGGAGAUCCACACAUAUCAGUCACAUCAGCUCCAGUCCAGGCUUGCUCUUACCUGCCUUUGCUCUAGCUCCUCCUGCAUACCCACCUGUUGCUCACAUUUGAAAGCAUCCAAAUGUUACCAACUAGAAUUUGCUGAGAUCAGCCUGGAUUUUGGGCUCCUGCCCACACAAACAAACACAAAAGAGGGGUGUCCCUGGUCUAUCCCAAUCCACGGGUGGUGUUGCUGCUGGGCAACUGUUGGCUUUUAAGUAUCCCCUUUCCCUUUUCCCCCACCCCCAAAAACCGACUAGCACUCGGAGGGCUCAGGUCUGGUGAUAAUACCCGAGGGUGUCAUGCCCCUUCAGACUGGCUGCUCCCGUUAGACGUCCAGGUCCUACAGCCAACUAAAAGCAGCAGUUACUGUCUCUGCACAAGGCCUGCUGGCCUCUGGCCUCCUUGUGGAGAGGCAUGGGGGGGGACAGGACAGGGUCAGUGUUGUGGGCAUGUGUAUAUCCUAAGUUCUCCUUUUCCAGUCCCUGCUGGGCCCUGACUUAACUUGGGGUGGUUCUUAGUGCUGCUUCUUUUACAAACCACACUUUGUAGAACUGACUAGAUUACCGUGUUGAUUUCAUGUGAGUUUGUGCCUUUUUGUCUCAAUCUUCCAAUACAGGUAUAUUGGGAAAAAAGCAGUCUAAUAAAAUCCUAGACAGAG